ACUAAAUUAAAUUUAUAUUAUACACUAUAAUUAAAAACAAUUUCAAAUUUUAAUUAACAAAAAAAAAAAAAAAGUUAAAUUAAAUGCUUUUAUUGUUUUUAUUUUUUUUCGAAUAAAUGAUAACAAGUAAAAUUACUAUAAAAAUAUAUAAUGGCUAUUUAAAAUAUUAUUUUAUGAGGCAUGAAAAGAGUUUAAAUAAAAUGAUGUUGUAAGUUGAUCUGACAAAAUAUAAUGAGUGUAAUAAGAGUGAAAGAGAAUAAAAUAAAUAAAUAAAAUAAAAAAGUACAUUGAAAUUUUAAGAGUGGGGAUUUAUUAAAGUAUAAAAAGAGCAAGAUUAACAACGUGACUAAAUCUACUCGUUGAAUGUACGUGAAUUGAAGGACACUGUUUACUCCUUUCACAUGUAUUAAAUUAAUUAAAAUUCAAUUACCACAGUUGUAUAAAUAUAGUUCACUUGUCUUGUUCAUAAAAAAAUUAUCAAAAUAAUCAAAUUAAAAAUGCCAACUGAUGAAUCUAAAAAUAUUUCGCGAUCAGUUGAAAAAUGUAAUGGUAAUUGUGGUGGUGGUGGUGAUGAUGAUGUUGAUAAACGUGAAUACGACAAUGCUGUGAGAUACAGAGAUGGGGCUGUUAAACUCAGAAAUCCAAACCUUUAUCUUUUGGAUCAAGAUAUUCUCUAUCAUUUGGCACUUGGAAGUGGAUCACAUGAUCUCGUUGAAAUGUUUGGUGAUGUCAAGUUUGUAUGCAUGGGAGGUACACCAAAACGCAUGGAACAAUUUGCUUAUUAUAUAAUGCAAGAAAUUGGUCACAAGUUACCAUGUGGUACAACAUUACUGGACAUUAGUCAGUAUUCAUACAGAUACUCAAUGUUCAAAGUUGGCCCAGUUCUUUCAAUAAGUCAUGGAAUGGGUAUUCCAUCAGUUGGAAUAUUAUUACAUGAAGUUAUUAAACUUAUGUAUCAUGCAAAAGUACGUGAUCCAAUGUUCAUUAGAAUCGGUACAUGUGGUGGUGUUGGAUAUGAAGGUGGUACUGUUGUCAUUACUGAAGAAGCUGUUGAUGGAAUGUUGAAACCUUAUCAUGAAACGCCAAUUCUUGGAAAAAUUGUUAGAAGACCAGCUAAAAUGGAUAAACAAUUAACAAAAGAUUUAAUUGCAUUGGCUCAUCCAGAAGAUCCAUAUGAUACAAUUGUUGGUAAAACAAUGUGUACAUCUGAUUUUUAUGAGGGACAAGGACGUCUUGAUGGUGCAUUUUGUGAUUUUAGUGAACAGGAUAAACUUGAUUAUCUUACUAAAUUACAAAAAGCUGGAGUUGUUAAUAUUGAAAUGGAAUCAACAGCAUUUGCAGCAUUAACACAUCAUGCUGGUAUAAGUGCUGCAAUUGUUUGUGUUACUUUACUCGAUAGACUCAAAGGAGAUCAGGUCAUGGCACCAAAAGAAGUUCUUGAUGAGUGGCAAAUGAGACCGCAGAAGUUAGUGAGUCGUUUUAUCACUCAAUAUUUACAACGAAAAGGAAGACUUUCACUCGAGGGACAUGGAUCAAUGUGUGUUAAAAGUCCACGUAGAUUUAAACUUGUUCAACAAGAAUCACAAAAUUGUGACUAAAUUUUCAGUUAUUAUUUUUUUCUAAUUAUAUAUUAUUAUCAUCUCUCUCUCUCUCUCUCUUUUUCUCUCUACUCGUUACAAAUUUAUUGCUAAUAUUUGCACAAUAUACAAAACGGACAAAAUAUUUUUUAUAUUUUUUUUUCGAUUUUUCAUAUGCACAAUAAUACCUAUAUAAAUAUAUUCCAAAAUUGAAUACAUUUUAAUUAUUUUUUUCGUCUUUAAUGACACACAAGUACAAAAAUAAAAAAAUAAAAAGCUGACAACAGUUUUCGGCAACAUAUCUAUUUUAAUUUUGUAUUUAAAAAAAAAAAAAAAUUAAAAACUUUAAUUUAAAUAACAAAUUUUUUCCAUUUGUUAUUUGAUGAAUAAAAAAAUUUAAAAAAAUAAUGUAGAGAGUUUAGCAGAGAUGUAGGUAAUUGAAAAAAAAAAAAAAAAAAAAUACUUUUACCAUUAUUAAAGUUAAAAUAAUUUUAAAUAAUAAAAAACAGUGGAGAAAAUCGAUUUAAAAUUAUCUUACGUAGUUGAAUAAACAUUCCACAAUUGUCAAGAGUAUUUUACCUGAAUAAUAAUAUUAUUAAAAAUAAAAAAAUAAAAAUGUUUAUUCACGCAUUGAAUAUUUUACAAAUAAAAACGUGCUAAUUUGACAGGUGUCUAAAUAUUUAAUAAACUAAUAAUAAUUAUGAAAAAUGUUAAAUAAAUAACAGUUAUAUAUUGUGUUGUAUUGUAUCGAUGAAACGUGAGUGUUUGUUUUGAAUGAAAUAUUUAUGAAAAUCUUGUAACAAAUAUUAACUAAUUAACUAAUUAAAACUGUAUCAAUAAAAUGGAAAAUAAAUUAAAAGAAAAUUGUUUGAAUGGAAAAACAAAAUAAAUAAAAAUAAAAUUUGUUCUUGUGAGUUUAAAAAUGUUAAAUAUUCUUGGUCAAAUUAAUUUUUAAAUAUUUAUAAAAUAUUUUUUAUUUCUCUAUAGCGAAAUGUAUUGAUCGAAAAACAAAAUAUAAUAGUAAUUGGAUAUUCAAUGUUGUUGGAAUUUUUGAUAAAUCAAAAUGAUCUUUUCAUGCGAGCUCAAUAAUAUUGUCGAUGAGUUUUUAUUUAUUUGAAUUCCUUUUGACAACGACAUAUAUCUGUGAUGCAAAAUGUUAACCGUUAUUGUUACUAAUUUACUUGAAAAAAAAAAUAACAGUAAUAUUUCUCUGAGGAUUUUUAUGAUUUCCAUGAGGAAAAUCCAAUUUGAAUGUUUAAUUUUAAGACAAUAAAGGAACGUGAAACAAAGUAUAAUUGAAUUUUAAUUGAAAUACAAAAAAAAAAUAAUAAUUUAAAAAUAUUACAGAAUUGGAAAGGACACUUGACUCCAGAUUGAUUAAUUUUUUUUAGGAUUAAAAAAAUAUAUCUCAUAGGAUUUGAAUAGCUCAAUCUCUUUGGAAUUGAUUCUAGAUUAUCCUAUCAAAAUUUCAAGUAAAUCCUCUUUUCCGUUUGGCUGUAAAAAAAAAAAAAAAACAUGAAUCGAAAUUCAAAAAUCAAUUCAAAGGUUUGAAAUUAAUUAUUAUUAUCAAAAAACAUAAUUAUAGUAUUUAUUAUCAAUAAAAAAAUCUUUAUUUUUCUUGAAAAACAAUUGCUGAAAAACAAAAAAAAUAUAUAUCCACUCAAGCAUAAAAAUUAAAUCAUUUGUAGAAUUGAUGAAUUUUCGAAAUCAGACAAGUCAGUUGUAUCGAAACCUGUCCAACUUUUCAAUCAAUACCAUACAUUCAUAAUUUUUGCUUAAUAAUUAAUUAUCAAUUGGACAAAUAACUACGACGAAGAUGAAUUAUUCAUGAUUAAUUGAAACUUACUUAUAAAAAUUUUCACAACAAUUGGAGCUGCUGCAAUUUAUUAUGUUUCUUUUUUUUUUUUUUUCAAGUUAAUUUUGGUCCUCCUACGUUAACUUAUAUUAAUAAAUAAUUACCACAAGUAUUUUUCAAAAAGACAAUCAUCAUUUUCACUUCAAAAUGAUGUUUAAAUUAUUUUUUGUUUUUUUUUUAAAAAACUUGUAGAAAUAAUUAUUCAUUUUAUAUUGCAUUUUGAAAAAAAAAAAAAAAAAAA